UUAAACUAAUGAAGAAGAAGACGUCUUCUUCCGGCUCUCCACACUGCGUGUACACAAAACAGAACAAGAAAAAGCAAGAUGGCGUUCAAUGGAUAAGCCAUUGUUUUGUGUUCUUAAUCAGUGCGUACAUGGAAAAAUGUAUGCUGUUUAAUAAAUUAAACGUCAUAAAUGGCUGUUUUUGUCCGGAUACACUAGUCUGGGCGCACUGAGCUGCUUCUCCUGCUAGCUUAGCUUGUUAGCCGCUAACAAAGAGACGCGGAAGUUAUCAACACAUCGCUAAGCAGAGAUCAAGUGUGAGUGUAAAGUGUUGUGAUUGUGUGAAAAUGUGCGAAAGAACGAUAGCAGAGUACGAGGAGGAACUUUGUCCAACAAAAGAGGAGAAGGAGCGACAAUAUCAACUACUGGACGCUGUUUUCAAGAAACAUCAAGUUGUGUUACACAGAACAGAAGUCCAGCAGCCCCCCUAUAUUAAAGAGGAAGCUCUGUACCCCCCUUGUGUAAAAGAGGAGGAGCCAAAGCCACACAUUAAAGAGGAAGAGGAGGAAGUGUGGAUCCGUCAGGAGGGAGAGUGUCUUCUAGGGCAGGAGGAGGCUGAUCUCACCAAGUUUCCACUGACUGUUGUCUCUGUGAAGACUGAAGACCAUGAAGACAAACCACCCGAGUCCUCACAGCUUUAUCACAGUCCAAACGUCUGUGAAGAACAUCUUCUCCCUGAGCAGCAGGAGGGGACCUUCAAGAGGGAGCAGGAGGAGCCACAACCCCACCACAUUAAAGAGGGACAGGCGGAGCCACAGCACUCCCAUAUUAAGGUGGAAAUAGACAAACACAGCAUCAGUCAGUUUCCAGUGAUUGGUGUGAUUGUUAAGAGUGAAGUGGAUGAGGUCAAAGGUGAAAGUGAGGAGAAGAGAGAGGUGGAGCCUCUCAGCAGCAGCUCAACUCAACACAUGACAACAGAAGCUGAUGGAGACCACUGUGGAGGAUCACAAGCAGGCAAGCUCUUAGCUCCACUAUCAGAUAGUGACGACACAACGUCACACUCUCCUGACACUGAUGAUGAAGACUCUAAAGCUGAGAAGACAUGUCACACUGACAACACACACUUUACAUGCCCUUACUGUGACAAAACUUUUAAUCACCGUUUUAGUUUGAAAAGACACACACGACGACACACUGGAGAAAAACUUUUUUCCUGUUCCAUCUGUGCUAAAGGUUUUAUACAGAAUACUGAUUUGGAAAAACACAUGAGAAUACACACUGGAGAAAAACCAUUCAUGUGUUCUAUUUGUAGUAAAAGAUUCUCCCAGAAAGCAAAUUUGAUAAUACACAAAAGAAUACACACUGGAGAAAAACCUUUUAAUGCUCAGUCUGUGGUAAAUGUUUCAUACAAAAUAAAGAUUUGAAAGUACACAUGAGAAUACACACAGGUGAGAAAGUGUUGAGUUGCACUGUGUGUGAUGAAAGAUUCUCUUAUAAGUACCAGUGUAAGAAACACAAGUGUGUUGGUGAGAACAGCAGCAGCAAAUGAAGUCAAAAAUGUGAUAAUUUUUGGAAUAUAGCUUUUAUUUCAGGAAAGUGCAUGCAUUAAUAUACAACAUUGUGUACAUUUAUUUUAAAAUAUGUAUUUUCUCUCACUGAAAAUGUGUACAAUAUCAGCUUUUCUGACUGCCCUAAUAUUAACUUGUUUUAAAUUCAUUUUAUAAUAUAGAGUACAAAACUUAUGUUACAUAAAAUAAACAGUGGAUGUGUAUACAGAAUAGAUAGGCAGGAAUACAUGUUGUACUUAUCCAUAACAGUGUUUUUAUAUGAGUUUGUGAAGUAAUGAAGUUUUAAAUAUUUUAAUUUAUUAUUGUAAAUGAUUCCAUAGAUGAACACCUUCAUAUAAUAUACAUAUUUGUUUUACAUUUGUUCAUACCUUUGCUUUUGAGUACACAUAAAUCUCCCAUAUUAUUAUUUACUUUAUACAUCAUUUGAGCUGUUGUUUUAUACAAGAUCAUUUACUUUUAGUAUGUGUGACUUUAUGAAUAAUUUGUUGGGUCUUGAUAAUCCAAUCUGUUGAUUAUUUUUAUUACUUUAUUUUGUAAUAUGAAUAUUGUUUUGUAAUUGUUUUAUAUUUAUGUUCCCAGACCUUUUAUCCAAUAAGCAAUGUAUGCUUUAACUAAAGUUGGGUACAAUAAAUGUAAUUAUUAUUUAUGUAUUUUGUUAUAUUUAUUAUUUAUUAACCCUGUGAACGAUAACAAUGGCAACAGCAUUACAACUGAAUGUCAACAAGCUGCACGAUGGGUGUAACACAUUUGUGACAUUCUUAACAGACCAGAGCCAGAAGGCCGAGCUAAAAUGAAAACACCAGAUGCUGCCCUGGACAUUUCCUUACUGGGUGGGUCAGAGGUAGAGACAUUGAUCAAAGCCCUGAAAAAUGGGAAGGCCAGUGGAAAUGUCAGCAUCCAUGCAGAAAUGCUAAACCUUUUCUACUCCACCUGGACCUCAGAGACAAUCCCUGAAGACUGGACUAUGGCUGUCAUUGUAAAGCUUCCCAAAAAAAAGAAAUCCUCAACAUCUGUGACAGCGGUCAAAGCAUCACUUUACUAUCCGUACCAUCCAAAGUGUUGUGUCAAAUCCUCCUGAAGAAAAUUGACUUACCUUUCAACACCAAGCUGAGAUAAUAACGAGCUAGCUUCAAGGCGGGAAGAGUGGGAAUAGACCAGAUUUUUGCCCCGAGCAAUAUGAUCAAGCAAAGCUUAAAAUAAAACUGUUCAGUGUACUCAACUUGAUCAAACUCAAGAAAGCCUUUGACAGUCUGGAUUGGGACACUCUAUGGAAGAUCGGGAGGUCCUAUGGGUUCCCCCUAAAGUGGAAACCUUGAUAGAGUUGUUCUACCAAGACCUCAAAUGCAGUGUCAUCGUAGACGAAAACCCAUUCGAGUCAGAGCCGUGUAUGGAGAAAGUAUGGACAACUCGGUUUCGGAGUUGGUCCCAAACGUGACCAAUAAUUUCAAGAGAUUGUCUGGCCAUAUUCUCUCUGAUUGUUCAAAAGCCCUUCACGUGACUCCAGGGCACUAUGUUUGUGACCAACUUUGAAACAGAGUUGUCCAUACUGUCCCUAUUCACGGCUCUGACUCGAGUGGUUUUCUGUGAUGUCUGGUGUGAGAUGGGGUUGCAUCAUCUCACCCAUGCUUUUCCUUCUCUCCAUUGACUAUAAUUAUAGACAACACAACAGCAGACAAACCAAAAGGCAUCCAAUGGACUAUAUUGUCUCAGAUCAAGACUUUCUGAUGAUAUAGCUGUUUUGAAAUCCAACCAAAAACGAAUGCAGAAGACAAGGACGUUAAUUAGCUUUGCUAAGACAGGCUCGAACAUCAACACGGCCAAGACACAGACCAUGUUAAUUAACAACAAAUGCGCCUCCCAUCAACGUUGAUUCCAAACCACUUGAAACAGUAAACGACUUUACCUACCUUGGUAGCAUUGUGCGCUCAGAAAAAAAAGUGCUUUUGCUGAAAGCUACUUCGCCCAAUCUGAAAGUCUAUGCAAUACAGUUUGCGAACAAGUUUUUAAUUUACAACAGCAAUAUGAAGUCGGUCCCAAUGUAUGGCUUGGACUGUUAAUGGUUUAUCGAGAGCGAAACUAAGAUCUAGGCCUUGUUCCACAUUCUGUGCCUGAGAAGGAUCUGCUGUAUAUUUUGGCCCGACAUCAUCUCAAAUAAGGAGUUCUACAAAAAGUCCAGUUGCAGCAUCUUAGUAAACGAGAUCAGAUACUGACGCAGAGGAUGGCUCAGGCACGAGCUCCGCAUGGACCGGCAGCCGAUACUCAAGAAUGCCGACUGGAAGGCGGAAACCGGGUAGGCUGGCGAACACCUGGAAGAAAACCAUUGCCUAACAACUUAAAGAACCAGGUCUCUGUUUAGACUGAGCUUUCAACCGGAAGUCGAAGUGCAGUUCUGUCCUCUAGUCGUCUAUAUAGAGGGCCUCAGAUAUUUGGCUAAAGUAUCCCACAAUGCAUUGCCAGAAGCCAUAUUGAAAGGCUAGCGUCAUCGUUCACGAUAGCGCUACACGUAAUAUUUCCGAAUUAUUCGUCGUUAUAAGGAGAAAACAGCCGUAAUUGGAUGCAAUGAUCCGUACAAGAUGGACAAGUCUGAGUGGAGUAAAGACCAUGACAUUUACCAUGAUGUCUCAUACCUGGACUUUGUGAACUAUUUAAUUUUUCAACCCAGUCCAUUUUACAUCUUGAAGGACUUUCAAAAUGAUAAAAGUUCAGAAAGCUAUGACCGCUUUAAGGCAUUUGUGUUUAUCUGUAUAAACCCAGUGCACAUUGUGCCGUCAAGACUAGAGUCGUGGAUUCUCGUCACACUGAACAAAAUUCCAAACAAACCGUUUGGAAGAAGUACGAUGGAAGGCAAGAUUGUUUUAUAAAUAUCUCUGCAAUGCCUCCAUGGUUUGAUUUCAAAUUUUCAGGACUUGCACAGAUCCCAAAUACGCAUAAGCAGGUACCAUCCGGUUAGAAAAAGUGGUUUUGUAUAAUAGGGCCCCUUUAACAAGAUUGUGUCAUGAACACAGCAAUGAUGUUACACAUGCCAUGGUGCUAACAAGUCCAAGUUAUUCACGUUUUGAAAGUUUAUUUAAAAUGUUUCAUUUAUUGCUGCUGCUGUUCUCACCAGCACACUUGUGUUUCUUACACUG